AGAGCUGCUUGCACCAUGUGGAAGACGCUCAUCUCCUCCAGAGGGACUAAGGAGCUGGUGCUGCAGAUCCUCUUCCGUGUGCUGGAAUACUGGCCAGCGCACAGGAGACGCACCUCUGAUGGGGAUGAGAGGGAUGUCUUUGCCCUGGCUGCAACUGUGGCACUCUGGGAGAUCCUCCAGCUGUCCUGGUGCCCAGGGGCAGUGAAGGACAAUUUCCCCCGCCUCCUUCUGACUCUGCUCUUCCAAGUUUUCAUCAGCACAGAGGAGAUGUCAGAGCAGGUCGAGACCUUCUGGAGGCGAUGUCGGGAGCAGCGCAGCCUUCCCCCCAACCCCAACAGGUUUGCAGUGCAGACCAUUAAAGCCCUGCUGCGCCAGCUGCUGGAUGAGGACGUGCUGAUGGUGAUCGGUCGCAAGUGUGGCUGGGACAUGCUCCUCAAGGCUGACAGCCACCACUAUGCAGUGGGUCUGCUGGCCAGGGAGCUGUGCCGUGUCUCCCGCUCCUUCUGCCGCAGCAUCGCCGUCAGCCUGCUCCCGCGGCUCAGCAGGGGAGAGCCCCUGUGGGAACUGCCUGCCCUGGCCUUCCUGGUGGAGGUCCUGCACUGCCUGAACCCCAGACAAUGUGGGCCCAGCGUCCUGCAGAUUAUUUCCAGGUGCCUGCGCAGCCAGUGCCCGGAGAGGUGUCGCCUGGCGCUCCGAGGCCUGGUGGUGCUCAGCAAGGCUCCCGCAAUGGCUAAGAGCAUCUGGAGCCUGAAUGAAAGCCUCCUGGAGCUACUGCAGGAUGCAGACAGUGAUGUCGUUGAGAUGACCCUCUCUGCAUUCAUCAAUGUGCUCCACUUGAAGACCAUCCAAAUAUCCAGCCCCACUGCCCUGAAGUUGCUUGAGGCGCUGCGGCCACUCUUUGACAACGAGCACAGCCAGCUGCAGCAGCUCUCCAUGCUCCUCUUCCGGGAGGUGAUGGAGGCGACAGAGAGGAGCAAGAGCCUAAAGCCACACGUGUACCUGAGUCUGGUGCCAUUCUACUUCAACUGGCACGAUGAGAACCAGCGUGUGGCAGAGGCCUCUCGGAGAGCACUGUUUGGUGCAGCCAGGUUACUGAAGUGGAGGGACCUUGAGCACUUGGUGACCAUGGAGCAGCCGUGGAGGUUUCCCGAGUGCCUGCUGGAAAAGGACAGGAGCCGAGUGGGCCAGUACGUGCGCCAGGCCCUGCCGUACCUGGAGAGCCCAGAGGAGCCCCUGCGAAAGCUGGCCAUCAAGUUUCUGGGGAUCGCCGCCAGGUCCAUGAAGCAGGAGCAGCCAGAGCUGCAGCUCAUCUGCCAAGCAGAGGCUGGAGCUGUGGGGAACCCUGAGCACCUUGUCUUUGGAGAUGGCCACAAGCCCUCCCCCAGCCAGGAAGCAGCGUCUGUGUCCUGCCUGUGUGUUGCUGGCUGGAUUGCUCCGGGCUCCCAAGUGCCUCUGGAGCGGCUCCUCUGGAGCUCCUUCAGGGCUGCGCCGCUGCCGGGCAGAGCUGCUGCCACCACGGGCAGGGCGCUGGGCUCCUCGGGCAGGCCUGCGCACUCGCUGCUGCCCAAGCGGCUCUGCGCCCCACAGACAACAGCACCAGAGGCUGCCCAGGAGCAGCAGCACCCACAACGCCUGGGCCUCCUCACCCAGCUUCAGCUGCAGCCUGACAUCCUGACUGACUUCAACGGCCCUGCUUGA